UUAUGAUUGUGGAGAUUCAUCACCAUUUUACUAAUUAACCUUUACUAUUAAUUGUUACUUUGUUCUCGAUAUUUUUUGAAUUAAUUGUUCUCAUCUUUCGGUGAAUUAAAACCAUGGCUAAAAGGAAAAAGGCUUCUUCCGAUAUCUCUUCAAGCUCAAAUGAGGACGAAGAUUUGCAAGAAAAUGUAAUUAAAAUUGGCAAUUUCGUUGUAUUGCAAUUAUUAUUGGGGAAAAAGGUCAGUAGAUUGUUUAAAAUUGAAGAAUCUGGUGAUGUACAUUUCAAAAAGGAGCGAAUCAACCUCAGAACAUUGAUUGGACAUCAAUUUAAUUCUAUCCAUCAAUUGGACCGUUCAACUCGUCAAUUGAAAGAAGCUGAUUUAAGUCAUCAUCAAUUAAGAGACAUUUUAAGAGAUGUAAGCUCUUCCUCUUCCGAGUUAAACUCUGAAAAUGAUGUUAAAGACAAUCGCACCAUUAUGGAUGAUGGGUCAGCCCAAAAAUUGGAUCGCGAUGAAAUAGAGAAAAUGAAACAAGGAGCUACUGGUGAUGAGAUAAUAAAGACAUUAGCUCAAAAUAGUGGCACGUUUGCUGCUAGAAACGUUUUCUCCCAAGAGAAAUAUUUAAAAAAGAAACAAGCUAAAUAUUCCAACCUAUUUCGAGUCCUCAAGCCAACUCCAAGUUUACUCUCGGAAAUGUACUACUCACAAGGUCCCAUGAAGAUAAACAAUUUACGAUUCGAUUCAAUGGCUCAAAUGUUGACCCAAUGUAAUGUUCGUUCUGGUGCCAAAUUCAUGGUUAUCGACACAAAUAUGGGAAUCUUAACAGCGGCUGUUCUUGACCGUUUGGUUGGUAAUGGUUCCUUAUUUACUGAUUCACCUGAGAAUACCAAUUAUGGCCAAUGUGUUCAAAUUUUCACUGAUGAUGCUCCAGUUUCCAGUUGGAGGCAAUCAGUUGACGCGCUUAAUUUACCUUCCAUUGCCUAUGAGAAAUGUUUAGCAUCAAUUAAUCUGAGAAAACUUUACCAAUGGGAAUUUGGUACUGAUGAUGAUAAAGAGACCAUGGAAAAUAGUGGUUAUGGUGAUUCUAGUCAACCGAUGACAAGUGAUAAGGUUAAUGAUGAAAUUGAAUGUUCAGAUAAUCCAGAGAAAAAGAGAAAAAUUGAUGAUAAAUCACGACGAAAAGCCAAUCGAAGACGGGAAGAAGAGAAAGCAAUCAAUUCAAUCAAAACUCGAGACAUGGAUGGUUUAUUAAUUGUUACUCGUUCCUACGAUCCAACGGAAUUGUUGAUGUUUUUAUUUCGUUUUCUUGGCCCUUCUCAACCAUUUGCUGUUUUCAGUUUAUCAAUUGAUCCACUUUUAUCGUGUUAUCAAAGUUUAAAAGGUUUCGCAAUUAACUCGCGAAUAACUGAAACCUGGUUUCGCCGAUUUCAAGUUUUAGAAAGCCGAACCCGACCAGAGAUGAAUAUGUCUGGGUCCGGAGGUUAUAUUUUAACCGGAACCAAAGUUGAUAAUACUUUUCUCAUAGAGAUAGGAAUAAUUUCAACUCAUCAUCAUCACUAUCUCUAG